GCACCUAACCAGCGCCUACACCAAACUCUAUCUACCGCACUCCUCUCUCUCUCUCUCUCUCUCCAUACGCGCGUGUGUGUAUAUAUAUAUAUAUAUAUAUAUAGACACUACCGACUGAAACUACGGAGCACAGAGCGCAGCCAUUGUAGUCUCUCUUCCGUCCUCGCCAGUCCACACCAUGGAGUUGGUUGCCCCAGCUGUAGCUGGUGUGAAGAUGGGGAGUGAGGGGAUUAGGAAGAACUCAACCCUAAUUUGUGCUCCGUUGAUGGGGGAUUCUAUUGAUCGGAUGUUGAUUGACAUGAGUGAGGCGAAAUCGAGCGGUGCUGAUCUGGUGGAGGUUCGAUUGGACAGUCUGAAGAGCUUCGAUCCUCGUCGCGACAUCGAAAUCCUAAUCAAACGGUGUCCUUUGCCCACUCUCUUUACUUACAGACCAAAAUGGGAAGGUGGUCUGUAUGAGGGGGAUGAAAACAGUCGAUUGGAUGCGCUUCGGUUAGCCAUGGAGUUGGGAGCUGAUUAUAUUGAUGUUGAGCUACAGGUUGCUCAAGAGUUCAACAGUUCCAUGAAUGGAAAGAAGCAUGGAAAAUGUGCAGUCAUUAUUUCGUCACAUAACUAUCAAAAUACUCCCUCUAGGGAGGAUCUCGGCAACCUUGUGGCAAGAAUACAAGCUGCUGGAGCUGACAUUGUGAAGAUUGCAACAACUGCCUUGGAUAUCACUGAUGUUGCACGUGUUUUUGAAAUAACUGUUCAUUCUCAAGUAAGAGGCGUCCCAAUUAUAGCUAUGGUUAUGGGAGAGAGGGGAUUGAUGUCACGGAUACUUUGCCCCAAAUUUGGGGGAUAUCUCACUUUUGGCACCCUUGAGUCAGGAGUAGCAUCAGCGCCUGGUCAACCAACAAUAGAUGAUUUGAUGAAGUUGUAUAAUUUCAGACAGAUUGGACCUGAUACAAAAGUGUUUGGGAUUAUUGGGAAGCCUGUCAGCCACAGCAAGUCACCUAUUUUAUACAAUGAAGCAUUCAAACAAGUUGGUUUUGAUGGAGUUUAUAUACAUUUAUUGAUGGACGACAUUGCGAAGUUUUUCCAGACUUAUUCAUCCACAGAUUUUGCUGGGUUCAGUUGUACCAUUCCCCACAAGGAGGCUGCAGUUAAGUGCUGUGAUGAGGUUGAUCCAGUGGCAAAGUCAAUAGGAGCUGUUAAUUGCAUUAUCAGGAAAUCAAGUGAUGGGAAGUUAUUUGGUUGCAAUACGGACUAUGUUGGUGCUAUUACUGCUAUUGAGGAUGCACUACGAGGUUCAGGUCAUGCAAAUGGUACGAUUGGAUCGCCCUUGGCUGGUAAACUGUUUGUUGUCGUUGGUGCUGGUGGUGCCGGCAAGGCACUUGCUUAUGGCGCUAAAGAAAAGGGAGCAAGGGUGAUGAUUGCAAAUCGCACUUAUGAUCGAGCUAAAGAAAUUGCUGAUACAAUUGGAGGAGAUGCUUUAUCUCUUGCCGAUUUGAAUGAUUUCCAUCCAGAGGAUGGUAUGAUCCUUGCAAACACAACUUCUAUAGGAAUGCAUCCAAAAGUUGACGAGACACCCGUUUCCAAGCGAGCUCUAAGUUCAUACGCAUUGGUUUUCGACGCCGUUUAUACCCCGAAAAUCACGAGACUGCUGCGGGAAGCGGAAGAAUCUGGAGCCACAAUUGUUACUGGGGUGGAGAUGUUCAUUGGGCAGGCAUAUGAACAAUUUGAGAGGUUUACUGGAUUGCCUGCGCCGAGGGAACUCUUUCGGAAUAUUAUGGCAAAAUAUUGAUAUAUGAAGGUGAUCGCUGAUUUCCUAGGCAUAGCUGAUUCAAUUUUCGGCUUUAGCUUGUUGCGGAUGUGAUUCUUUUGAGUUAUGUAAUGGCACUUUUAAUCAACUCUAAACAAGUUAUUUUCCCUAAUUUCUCACCUUAUUUUUAUCGGCGAAA